ACACAGGUCACCACAUGCCAAACUAACCUCUUUCCAGGAACCUUCAUUAAUAAAGGAAGAAGGCAUGAAGAAGCUACUGGCAUCCCUUUGGCUGUCCUUUUUGAUAGGAACUGCAGCUCGUAAUCUGAGGACUGAAAACAAUAUGAAGGAACAAAUGAAACCUGAGCCUUUCAUAAAUUUUCAUCACUCUUGCAAGCUGCAAAGUUUCUCUCACCGUGCCUCAUCUUCAGUUCAUACACUGACACCAUCAGACAUCCAAGCAGUUGCUGCUAUUGGAAACUUGGGAAAUAUUGGAGUUUCUAGAAUGCACCAUGCAGAGUUGCUGCAAAGCACACAAAGAAGUCUCAUCCAGACAAGCAUGGAAACCUUAACAACACUUGUACGCAUGUUUAAUCCUUCUGUGCGGUAUUACUCUUCCCCUGGAAACAGCACAGCUGCCUUACAAACUGAAACUAUUAGCCUUUUGGAACAAGCUGAAGAAAUUAUAAGCAGUAUGAAAGACAGCCCAUGGCUAGAUUAUGAAAAUAACUGGAAGCUAAUCACAGUUUUUCACUCAUGUCGUUCUCAUGCCUCCAUUUCCCAGGAAGCCUCCCCACUUGACAGCAUUAAAGAGGUGGAAAAAGUCUUGGAUUUGUUACAUGAACAAGUGCCCAAGGCCUUUAUAAACCUGGUAGAUUCUACUGUGCUUACAGUGUUAUCAAAUCCACCCAUGGAUCAGAACAAUAGCAGGGACACUUCUCCACACUCAUGCAUUUGUUCUAAUGAGUGCUCUAGACUGGAUGACAUUAUAUGGCGGUGGGCCUAUCAGGAUACUUUGGAAAAGCUGCUGGCAUCUAGGCGGUAUGACCAGAAGGAUGAUUUCACCGUUGUCCUCCAGACUUCUCUCCAAGAAGCAGAAAGGCACCUUACCAGGAAUGGGAAAGCUAAUGUCAAUUCCCCAAAGAGGACAUCAGUAGAAAUCUCAAGAAAGGAGUUUUCUGCUCUGGGAGUAGAACUCUGGAACAACAUGAUGGAACCAGUUGGGCAGAAGCAGCCUUAUCAUUUUUCAGAGAUAACCAAAGCGCAGUGUCCUUCUCAGGAGCAUCCAUACUUCUUUACAUACAGGAACAGCAAUUAUUCAUCUUUCCGAAUGGAGCCACAGACAAAAAUAGCAUUUCAGCGAUUGAGCUUUGGGACGAGCAUUCCAUGUGGUGAUCUCAGCCCUUCAAACACAGUUCCAAGCUCAGUUCACAAGCUGAGACCAGCAGACAUUAAAGUGAUAGGUGCCCUUGGGGACUCAAUAACCGCAGCAAAUGGGGCAGGAUCUUCACGACUCAAUGUCUUAGACGUUCUGACACAGUAUCGAGGACUUUCAUGGAGCGUUGGUGGAAAUGAAAACAUAAACACAGUCACAACAUUAGCAAAUAUACUUCGUGAGUUCAAUCCUUCUCUCAUAGGCUUCUCCACUGGCAAAGGAAAGGAACAAACAACUAAUGCCGGCCUGAACCAGGCUGUGGCAGGAGCACAUGUUGAGGAUGUCUCAUCUCAGGCUAGAAGAUUAAUUGACUUGAUGAAGAAUGAUCCUAAAAUAAAUUUCCAGGAAGACUGGAAGCUUGUAACACUUUUCAUAGGAGGAAAUGACUUGUGUGAUUCUUGUAAAGAUGCUGAACGCUAUUCCCCUGAAAUUUUUGUAAGCAAUAUGCAGAAAGCUUUGGACAUACUCCAUGAAGAGGUUCCUCGACUCUUUGUGAAUCUGGUGACAAUCCUUCACAUAACAACUCUGGGUGAAUUAUAUCAAGAGAAGAGCAUUUACUGUCCAAGGCUGAUAAUGAGGAGUUUGUGUCCUUGUGUUGUAAACUAUGAUGUUAACUCCCCUGAAAUUGAAGUGCUGGAGGCCACUAACAGGAAGUAUCAGGAGGGUACUCACCGCUUAAUUGAGAGUGGAAGAUAUGACACAAGGGAAGAUUUCACAGUGGUUGUACAACCAUUUAUGGAAAGAACAACUAUGCCUAAGACCAAGGAGGGGCUGCCCGAUGCCUCAUUUUUUGCCCCAGACUGCUUUCACUUUCAGCAAAAGUCUCACUCUCAGGCUGCUCGUGCUCUGUGGAACAACAUGCUGGAACCCCUUGGAGAAAAAGUAAAUGCACAGGCCCUUGAAGCUGAGAUAACUCUCAAAUGUCCAAGUCCGGACCAGCCAUACUUAAGGACAUACAAGAACAGCAAUUAUACAUACCCCACUCAGCCAGAUGCUGCAUAAAGACAGAGUUCCUUCUAUCAACUCCAUUUCAGGUACAACAUGAAUCCAUCAUUUCAGGAAACUUGUGGCCUGCAAUAGCUGUAACCUCAAGACCUCAUAUGCAUUACUCUACUUUCCUACACUUUUAUAACAAUAUUAGUAAAUGAACCUUCCAGUCUGCAAGCAUAGGAACAACAUCAAGUGUACCAAAGAAAAAACUCCUGCAACAGGCAGCAAAUUGGAAAGUUAACAAAAGCUACCUUUCUUUAUUGUGCUAAAUGUUUCUUACUUGUUCCGAUAAUACAACUCUCAGGUUUGCUUCCUGCUUCUUCUCACUCUUUAUUUCUCUCUGUUCCUGUCAACCAUGUAGCUAGAAUGCUUAACUCUCAAUCUAUCCAGUAAUGUAACUCCUUUAAAUAAAUACUUUGUUCUCUUUUAA